AUGGUAGAAAAGCAACUGCCUAUUUCGAAAUACUUGCAAGUUCUUGUAGCUGUUGUUCUUGGUGUUGUUGCCAUUGCGGCUGUUGUUGUUGUAGUUGUUGUUGCCGUUGUGGUUUUUCUUUUUGUUGUUGGUGCUGUUGUCUUUGUUGAUGUCGGUGUUGUUGUUGUUGAUGUCGUUGAUUGUGUUAUCAUUGGUGUUGUUGGUGUCGUUUUCCUUGUUGAUGCUGUUGUUAUUGGUGCUGCUGUCGUUGUUGUUGUUGUUGGUGUUGUUUUUGAUUUUGUUGUCGCUGUGGGUGUUGCAGCUGGUGUCGUUGUUGGUCCUGUUGAUGGUGCUGCUUUUGUUUUCGUUGUUGUUGUUGGUGCUGUAGUUGGUGCUGUUGUUGGCGUUGCUGUUGUUGUUGCUGGCGUUCUUGUUCAUGUUGUUGACGGUGUUGUUUUUGUUGUUCGUGUCGUUUUUGCUUUUCCUCUUGGUGUUGUGUUGUUGUUGAAGUUGUUGUUGUUGAUGUUGUCGUUGUCGUUGUUGUGUUUUUUCGUUCUUGUUGUUUUUGUUGUUGGUAUUGUAGUUGUUGGUGUUGCAGUUAUUUUUUGGCGCUGUUGUCGUUGUUGA